GUGCGCGGUGGGAAAAACUUACUGGUAGUGCUGGUAGAGACGUGGCGUACAGAGUUGGCACCAUAGAGACUCGGGCAGAAACUACCAUUGGCACCAGGAGGGGAAUGCAAGCUUUUCGUCAAUGAUGGAUCCCAGAACCUGUGGAGGAAACUGGCAAGUUCAUCCAAAUCCAUACAAUGGCAACCAGUGGCAUUUUAGUAAUGCUGCUGAGAAUUUCCCGCAAGCACAAAACAGGCCUGUGAGACAUUGCGAUUCAACUCAGGAUAAAGAGAAAAGCUGCGAUAAAACAAAUAUGUUCAUUAAGGAGAAGUGCAAGAGGCCGAACAAACAGAGUGCCCCAGAUUUAGAAAUGCUAAGGUCUGGUUCUUGCCUUUCCGGAUUAGUUAGCGAAGAUGUGGGUUUCGGUGCAGCCGGUGGCUUUACAACCAGCACGCCGGUGGAUGUAGCUACAGAUAGCUGUGAAUCUUGCACUGAACAGAAUGAUGGACAAGAGGCUGGAAAAAAGAGAAGGGCAACCGGGGAUGGUUCCUCCUGUCCAGAAAUUCCCGGUUUGGAGAGAAGCAGUAAAAAAAGAAAAGCUAUAGCUUCGGAACACAAUCAUAUUACAAAAAGAGAGCCGGAAGAGCCACGAACAGAAUCGACUUUUAACAGGACCAAGAAGAAGACAUUGAGAGCCACGCAUGUUCCUGAAAACGGCGACACCAAGCAAGACCCCUGUACCAGUAAACCGAUACGCAAGGUUAGGGGCUGGACAUUUUCAAAGGAGACUGCGGUCAGCACUUCGACGUCCCUAGGCCAAGAGCUUGGACGUAUAUUGGAGAAGGGUGGCAGGAACACAGGCGGAGGGAACUGUGACAGCGAUUCCAGCGUCGAGCUGGUGGAGAUUCAAAGUCAGCAGUUGGAAGUGGUGCUGAUAGACUCUGAUUCUGACGACAGACCACACAGCCCGUCGAAAAUGGGCAGAAGUACAGAGUCGGAUGACGACGUGAUUUUCAUCCGUGAGCUCGGCUCAAAUUACACAGCGGAACCCAAUGUGGGCAUUAAUCAAAGAAUAUCAAAGAAUUCCUGGUCGAAGAAUUCCUCCAGGGUAUCAUCAAAACCCAGAGGAGUCAAAGAGCCUACAGAAGGCAACUUUGAAGGACACAAUGCUUCUGUUAACGCCAUCCAGAUAUUCAGAGGCUUGCUUUAUACCUGCUCUGCGGACAAAACCGUCCGCGCUUAUAACCUUGUGAAUCGGCAGUGCAUGGGUGUCUUUAAAGGCCAUACAUCGGAAGUGAACUGUCUUCUGGUAACGCAGACUUACAGAAAGUCUGCGAUGCUCUUCACAGGUUCCAGUGACUGCACCAUCCGCUGCUACUCAGUCAAGACUCAGAAGUUUGUCAAGCAGAUUGACUUCAGUGAACAAGUCCUCUGUCUGCAUGUGCGAUGGAGUAUAGUUUAUGUGGGUCUUGCCAAUGGGACCGUGGUUACUGUUUCCCUUAAGAGCAAGAAGAAAAUUGAUGUAUUUGAGUGUCACUCUCCCUGGGCGGUUAGCUGCUUGGCAACAGUACAAGGGAAGGCUCGUCGCUUUCUGCUCGUGGGAUCCCGCGAUUCUACCAUUAGAGUUAGAGAUGCUCGGAAUGGUCUCCUGCUUCGAACACUUGAAGGACAUACAAAGAGCGUCCGCUGCAUGACGGUCGUCAAAGAUAUUGUGUUCAGCGGAUCCAGUGACCAGACGGUUCAUGCCCACAACAUCCAUACCGGGGAGUUGGUGCGCAUUUAUGAAGGGCACAAUCAUGCCGUGACGGCCAUCAAUAUCUUGGGGAAGGUCAUGGUGACGGCCUGCUUGGAUAAACUUGUUCGUGUCUAUGGGCUGCAGUCCCAUGUACAAUUAAAAGUAUACAGUGGACAUUCAGACAAGAUCAUGUGUUUGUCGAUUCACGAAAGCAUGAUCUACACCGGUUGUUACGAUGGCAGUGUGCAAGCUGUGCGCCUGAACCUGAUACAGAAUUACCCAGGAAACCGCCAUCUAACGGGGAGGAACAAAUAAA